CUAUUCGUUCAAACUUAGUUCUAAAUUUUUUUGGAGUUCUAUAAAUUUUCCAAAAAUAUAUGCGACUAAAGUAGUAUGAACUGAGUCGGCAAAAUUCCUUAGCAUUCUUUGAGAUUAUUAAAUUAUAAUCUAAAAUAUUGUGGCGGCAGUCCCAACACACCACAAAUUGUAGGAGCUGAAAUAAAACUGCAACGAAUAUGUGUCAAGAAUUUUAAAAUGAAAGCACAGAAGGUCUUAAGAAGAAAGAUAAAACAAAAACUCACAUAACAGCUUAAGGCUUAAAAAAAUAUAUAUAAACAAGACUCGCUUUAAUAAAAAAAACGACCAUUUAUUUGACGAACAGGUUUCUCUAUUAGCUUUAUACAUACAUACAUACAUAUAAAGGCCAAAUUCAAAACAAUUACAAGACCAAAUACCAAAGGUGUGCUCUUCCGAUGCCCUUACCAGUGAAACAAAGCUGUACGUGUAAACGAAGAGGUGACGACUUGUAAGAAAUGCGCUGGAAAAUGAAAGAACCGAAAGUAGUAGUGCAGCUUUUACCAAAAAUAAAAAAAAUAAUAAGCAAAAUAAAAUUGUCCCCCGACAAAAAUCACUCUGUCAAAAGAGUAGAGGCAGUGUCUGUGGCGAACAAAAAGCGUUCAACCCAUUGAGCUAGUCGUGUGGCGCAUUACCUAUGCACCUACGUUUAGGUGUAUAACGAAGAGAUGAAUUAAACUAACUAUAUACAUACAUUGUUCAACUAGGCACACAAGUGGAACGCGUAUCUUAAGAAAACUUGGGCAACCAAUUGCAUUCGCUUCAAAACAAGUUUUAGUAAAGAUUUGAACACCAAACACUACGGGUAUCGCGCUUCGGUAACGCUUAAUCGCACCUAUCUUCAUACGAAUAUAUACACAUUAGUUGUCAACACAAACGACUAUUGCAAUCCUAACGUUUAGCUGGUGGUUUUCGUGUUCCAGAAAAAAUGAAAUUUCUUGAAGCUUCCGUAUUGCAAGCUUUUACGCUAUUCGGCUGCGUUGUCACACUGACAACUGCCGCUGUAAUUUGUAUCGAUGAAUCAUCAUUAAACAAUACACAAAGCGGAAAAGUCAACGAACUGCAGCGUAAAGCAGGUGACGCCAUGGAGAUUGACGCUGCUCUGCUAAACCUUACUGAUUCGAACAUCGAUUCCACUAAUGGCAGUCACCACGGCCAAAGUCAGGUCACACAAUUUUUGCAGACGGUACAGGAUACACUGGAGAAGGCCAAACCUUGGGUUGUCGAAAUAGAAAAGGAAGCCAAGCGACUGGAAGAGACCGCUAAACGGUUUGGCGAAGGUGUUAUACGCGGUCUCGGCAAUUUUGUUGAUCGUUUCAUUGGUGUAGGUAACGGCAGCGGUGGUUUAAAGCCGACACGUUAUGAACAGUCAUCAACAACAAGCCCUCUACACACUUCUACUACAGAUGAUAAAAUGUCUGAUAUACCGACCACAACCGCGAAAGCUGUUGUUGCUGAAGUUGUGACCGAAACCAUGUCUGCUGUGAGUGCGGUUGAUGAUGCAGAGAAUGAAAUUUUCGAGCACGAUAACGCUCUUUGCCCCGACGGCUUCGUGGCGGAUGUAAAUGGAGUAUGUCUGCGCAAUCAUAAUUAAGAUGACAAGCUAAUAGCUUAUUAACUAGAGAGAAUACAUACUCUUAUAUAUAAGAGGGAUAAGAGAAUCAUUCGCAACAUUUAUACAAUCUGAAAACAUUCAAAGCAUAAGUAACUAAUACAUUUUGUUUUAGUGUAAGAGAAAGUGUCAUUUAGAUACAUAGGUGAUAAAUAUAAAAUAAUAAACCAGCAUAUUGGCUAAUAAGCCAUUAUAAUGUGCGGCUCUAAAUA